AUGGUCGCCUCCCCCGUCUUGUGCCCCUCCCUGGCUUUGAAGAUGGCGCUGUCCAGGGUGUGCUGGGCUCGGGCUGCUCUCUGGGGUUCAGCUGUCACCCAUGGACCUUAUGUCACCCGAAGGCUGCAACUUAUUCGCUGUGGCCUGACCUGGGGGACGCCUGGGUCUUCAAAGAUUCACCUUUCAUCAAAGGCAGAUGUGAAGAACUUGGUCUCUUAUGUGGUGACCAAGACAAAAAUGAUUAAUGGGAAAUACCAUCAGUUCUUGAGUCGUCAUUUCCCCCGCUUCUAUGUUCUAUACACAGUCUUCAUGAAAGGAUUGCAGAUGUUAUGGGCUGAUGCCAAAAAGGCUAGAAGAAUAAAGUCAAAUAUGUGGAAGCACAAUGUAAAGUUUCAUCAACUUUCAUACCGGGAGAUGGAGCAUUUGAGACAGUUCCGUCGAGACAUCAGCAAGUGUUUUUUCCUAGGUAUUAUUUCCAUUCCACCUUUUGCCAACUACCUGGUCUUCUUGCUAAUGUACCUGUUUCCUAGGCAACUUCUGGUCCAACAUUUCUGGACCCCAAAGCAACAAAUGGAAUUUUUAGAUAUCUAUCAUGGUCUCCGGAAACAAUCUCAUCCAGAAAUCCUUAGAUGUUUAGAAAGGGUUACCCCUCUCAUUUUUGACAAACAACUCCGGUGGAAUAUGACAGAUCUGUGCACCAAGAUUCGGCGUGGUACCCACCCAGCAACCCAUGAUAUUCUGGCUCUGAGAGAAUGUUUCUCUCAUCAUCCUCUGGGCUUAAACCAACUCCAUACUUUGCAGAUGAAAGCCUUUAGUCGGGCCUUGCUUCUUACACCUUACCUGCCUCCUUUUUUGUUGAGACGUCGUUUAAAGACUCACACCACUGUGAUUCACCAAUUGGAUCUGGCUUUGGCAAAGCUUGGGAUUAACCACCUAACUGCUCAGGAGGUGAAAUCGGCUUGUUAUCUUCGUGGGCUGAAUUCUACUCAUCUUGCUGAAGAGAGGUGUCGAACUUGGCUUGGAGAAUGGCUGCAGAUUUCCUGUAGCCUGAAAGAAGCCGAGUUGUCUCUCCUACUGCACAACGUAGUCCUGCUUUCCACCAACUACACUGGAACAAGACGCUGAGUGAACAUGGAGUGGAUGGCCUUGUCCUAAAGUCACACGGCACCGCAGCAUGGGACCAAAUAACACUUGUCAGUGAAGUCUGUGUGUACUGUUAGGUGUGUGGGAGGCAGAGAAGCAGGUGUCAGAGGCUUGUUGUGGAGGUUGGACCUGAAACCAACCCUCUCACCAGAGCUGGCUCCUUUGAGGUGUCAUCCCAACUCCUUAAGAAUUAGCCUGAGCUGGCAGCAACCUCUGUACUAAACUUCUCAUGGUCAUGUUUUAAGUUCAGGGCCCAGGGUGUGAAUUUCUGCCCUGGUGAAAUCCUCAUUUGGUGAGUACUCGACCACUGCCAUAUUUGUGACAGCUAUGUUUUUGGUAAAGACAUUUCUGGAUGAGUAGCACAGCACUCCUUAAACCAGAGCGCUUAUAUCCAUCCAUCCAUGGCCUUCAGAGCUCCCUGUCCUUGGUGACAUGACCAAAAUAGGAUUUUCUUUUUGUCCCCUCACUGGACUAAACCACUUCUUUCCUUUUCAUAUCCUUUGAACAGCUUAACUUAUUUUUAAAGUGAAUAACUUAUGCUAACAUCACAGAAAAUGCAAGUGCUUUUGACCACUUCCCAGUAUUUAUAGCCUUCACCCGCCUGUUGUCUUAAUGUCUGGGCUGUGAUAUAACCCUUGUGGAUCUUUAACUCAGCUACCUCCACUGUGUUGCAGAGAUCCAGCUGUAACUGACAGUGGCUGCCUUCUUUGAGCCAUGGAUCAAGUCUGUAAGGUUACAAUAAUGGCCCAGUCUGGGAGACCAGGAGAGAUCUACUUCAGAUAGUUAGGUUACUUUGUGUAUGUGUACAUCAAUGACCUGUAGUAACUUAUUUUAAUGCAUGAAGCACUGUUUUCAAAUCCAAGUAAAAACUACUUAAAACUAGUUGGUGAUGAUUACUUAUGCAUACUCUGAUUGUUUUGCUAAGGAUCCAUUUACAAGACUGACAUGAUGUAACCAAUGGGGAGAUAACUGGUUGGAACAGAACCUCUUACUGGCAUGGAAGUUUGAAGGAAUUGAUCUGAAAUUGAUCCUCAUGUUGGAUUUUAAGAUGGUAUUUAGGAAUAGGGAAUGGCUUGAGUUUAAAAUGGGGCCCAUGAAUAGGAACUUUAGGCUUAGCAGGACAAGGGCAGGAUCAGGGUCUGCUUCAGCUGAACAAGUAUACAAGAUCAAGUCAAGUUCGUGAUGAUGCAAAGAAUAUGUUCUUUUAUUCCUUUUUAAAAACAUUUCUGUUAGUUAGGGCUGACAAAAUAACUCACUUGGGUCAUGUUGCUUCGCCAUGUAAGUGACCCAGGUUCAAGGGCAGCCCCCACAGCAUUGAGGGAGUUUUGGUGCUGUGGUGUCUCUCUUAACCUGUCUAUCUUUCUGUAUAUUAAAAAAUUUUUUAUUUGUAACAAUCCCUAAUUCACCAGGUUUCAUGUUACAUACAGUUCUGGAGAAGAGUCCUUUUUCUAACAAGUAACUGAGUUCUGCCUGUUAAGAUAAAGAAUAACAUAUCAUUCUUUUGAAUAUUUCUUUAGCAUUACAUUUAAAUAUUCUCUUUAAAUACAGCAUUAUCACAAUUUAAAGGACCUAAAAGGAAAAAAAAAGUUUUCAGAGAACCAGACAAGCUUUGGAUUCACAUUGAAAAUACUACCUGUGUACAGUAUGUAAGAAAGGAAAUUGGAACAGUAAGUUUCAGUAAUAAGUCAUUUAUCUAGAUCCCAACUGAGUGGGACUGAAGCUGUCUGCUUCUAUAAUCAGAGGCCUACCUUUCCUAGCAGCCAUGAGCUAUAACUCUGUCCAGCUCAGAUAGCACCAGAAAUGAGAUGGAUGAGGUUAUAGAAAAGGCCUUUUAUUUUUACAUGACAGUUAAUGCUUGGGAUCAGUAUGAAUCAAAAUUGUAGUUUAAUGAAGUGAUGGAAUUAAAUUAAGAAUCUAGCUUUUUUAAAAACAAGUAUCUUAGGCAUUGGCAUUGAGGUUUUUUUUUUUUUUUUUUAAUUCAAAUAUUUGUUUGAUCCCAAAAGCUAAUGUGUCUCUUGCUGACCAGGUAAAAUCGGCUUCCUAGAUUAAUUUGGAGCCUUCCAGAAGGAAUGUACAGAGCUGACCCUCCCAACACAAGACUCAGAUUCAUUUCUCCAUAUAGUCAAAUUCCCAUUUAAGCUUCUAUCUUGUGUUUGAGGGUACCAGUCUAUGAUAGGGAACUGAACUGCAGACCAGUUCAGGACAGGUACUAAAGACUCAACUGUUUUAUAAGGCUGCAGGGGAACAAUCAGGCCAUAUAUGCUCAAUAAGAAGUCCCCUACAAAUGUAAAACAAAGCAAAAGCAGAGAGGCAGAUGGGUUAAAAGGCCUUUCAGGCUCCGUUUAGGUAUUCUGGUGGUGAAACCCUGCUGUGCCAUGCACAAAGACACCAAGGCCUUAGUAUACUCGUCCCCAAAGGCUUAAUGAGAACAGAUAGGAGCAGUGAGCUCUUCACUCUCACGUCUUCAUUUUAUUUCCUGCUAAUCAACAGUGCCAGGUGAAGUACUGUGUAAAGGAAGCUACAGAACAGUGUUUUGCUCCUUACUGCCUCCAUUUCAAAUCAGAAAGAAAAUUUGCUUAAAAAUAGACUAGAGUGGUGUAAGUUGGAACAGAUCCUUGAAUGUAAGUUAGAUAUAAGAGGAACAGGAACUGUACCUUCCCUGGUAGAAGAACUGAAUUUGAGUUUCACUUUAUGAACCUCAAAGGUUACAGUCAGAAUUUGAAAUCUUUGUAACCUGGGAAGUGUAUUUAAGUAUUGGUGACCUUCUAGUUUCUGUGUGUCACCAAGAUGGCCCAAUGAGCAUCUGCAGUUAUUGGGGGUGAACUGGAGUUGUAUAAAAACUCAACUCCUAUAUACCCACCAUGAGGGUAGACACAGAAAAAAGUAGAAUAAA